GAGGGUCGAAGAGGCGGCGAGCUGGGCGGGAUGUGCUUGUCCAAAGAAGUUGGGCGGCAGGCAUUUGCCCCACAGUUACCUCCUCGGUUGCUCUGCUGGAUGGUUCCUCCAGAGCCCGGGGAAGGAAAGUGGGGAACGUGGACGAUGAGAGGGACAUCACACUGAUGCUGGAGGGCCGAGUCCAAGAUGGCGGCAGCGCUUGCUGAGGAUCAACGUUACGGGCUGUCGUGUGGGAAAGCGAAUCCCGGCAAACUCACCGUCUUUCAUGUUAAACUGACAGAGACAGCCUUCCGAGCGCUGGAGGCCUUUCAAAAUGCAAAGAAUUCAUCUAUUUCUCAGCCAACAAUACAAUUCCAAGGACUUCAAGGGUUGAUAAAGAUUCCAAAAACAGAUAACCAUAAUGAAGGACGAAAUUUUGACUUUUAUGUAUCCAAUGUUGGAAAAGAUAACCCUCAGGGAAGCUUUGACUGUGUUCAGCAGUAUAUCUCCAGUGAUGGUGUUGCAGAACUGGAUUGUUUUGGAAGCAUACAGGAUAAAAUUACAAUAUGUGCAACAAACGAUUCUUAUCUGAUCACUCGAGAGCGCAUGACGCAAGCAGAGGAAGAAACCCGCAGUCGAAGUACCAAAGUUAUUAAACCUGGCGGGCGCUAUGUAGGUAAGCGAGUGCAGAUUCGUAAACCAGCACCAGGCAUCCCAGAUGCUGUACCUGAACGGAAACGAUCAACCCCUAUUAAUCCUGCAAGUACAAUAAGGAAGUGCAAUACAAACAGUGUUUGCCAGCGAUCAUAUAGGGAUAGGGCGAUCCACUUAUUGGUACUAAAACCUUUCAAGAAACCAGAGCUUCUGGCUCGAUUACAGAAAGAUGGUGUUAGUCAGAAAGACAAGAAUUCCCUUGGACCAAUUCUACAACAGGUGGCUAAUAUAAACCCAAAAGACAACUCCUAUACUGUGAAGGAUUUUGUGUAUAAGGAGGUCCAGCGGGACUGGCCGGGUUACUCAGAAGAGGAUCGGCAGUUAUUUGACAAAGUGGUUUCCAGGAAAUUAUCCCAGAUGCAAAAUUCCAACAGCCAUUCAUCAGAUCCUGUACCAUCAAGUUCCCCUAAAGGUAGAGAAUCUGCAUCCCCAUCAGAGAAGCGAUCACUACCUUCAGAUUUCAUUGAUCCACUCGCAAGCAAGAAGCCUAGAAUAUCUCACUUGACCAAUCGUGUGCAGCCAACCCUUAAUGGUGACUUAAAUCCGUCCGGUGAGAAAAACAACAUUACAGCCCCAGUUGUUCAUCUUCAUCCUCCACCUCCACCAUCUUCUCCCCCUGCACCACCACCUGUGCCGCUUCCAGUUCCUGUUGCUCAUACUGUGAAUUCUAACUCCAAUUCCCCGUGCACACCAGAAGGAAGGGGAACUCAAGACUUGCCAGUUGAUACUAUUGGUCUAGCUGGCGAGGGUUAUGAGGACCAGCAAGGAAAGCAUACCUCUAGGACUACAGUUGAAAGUCCGCCACACCAAAUGGAGUGCUCAGAACUCAUCAUGAAAGACUGUUCUUCUAGUGGAAAAUCAAAAAAGAAGGCUAAAAAACACAAAGACAAGGAAAGAGAAAAGGAAAAGAAUCAGGUGAAAAAUGAGGAUGAUGGCAGAGAAUACAGAAGCAAAACUGAGGAACACAAACCUAUCAAAGAUACCAAUUCUGAUUCAGGAUUGAAUAUGAAGUGCACUGGUUCCAGUAAUUCUACGUUACCAACCAAAACACCUGACUAUUUAGUCAAAUAUGCAGCCAUUAUGUCCCAGGAACAGAGACAAAACUACAAAGAUGACUUUAAUGCAGAGUAUGGUGAAUACCGAAGUUUGCACGCCAGGUUAGAGGGGGUAACCAAGCGUUUUUUGCAAUUGGAUGCAGAACGGAAGCGUCUGUCUCCUAACACUGAAGAGUAUAAGAUUAUUGAUGAAGAAGUCUUGCAAGAAUACUGGAAAAUUACAAAGAAUAGUCCCAACUACCAUGAGGAGAAACAUAGAUGUGAAUAUCUGCAUAAUAAAUUGGCUCACAUUAAGAGACUAAUAGCAGAUUAUGACCAGCAACAGCAACAACAAUCAUGGCAUUAGAAUUCGCUGGACAUUUGCAAUAUUGGUUCGUGAUCAGAAGGAGAUGUGUAAUAAGCUAAUUUAUUUUGAAUUUUUGGCAAAUGUUAUUCUAGGAAUGGUGUCCAGAAUAUCUGAAUGUUUUCAGUGGUUUCAUUAUUUUGAGUUUGUUACUUCCUGAACUGCCCAAACUACACCGCACCCUCCUUAUCAGACGCUGUUUGCUUUAGAACUUCUAUCCUUUUUACUUGUGCGCAUUUUUUUGUUUAUCCAAAUACAUCACAUUAGACAAAGUACCUGGAAUGUCCUUUAUCCUCUGAUUUAUACAUUAACAAUUGAUAGCACUAACAAACUCUGUAACAUUUGAAUAAAUGCAGGUAUGCAGAAGUUUCUAUGUAUUCUGCUGAUUUUAAAUGUUUGCCUUAAGUGGUUGAAGCUUCCCAAGGCAAUUUGCACAUUCUCAAAAGUAUUCAGUGAAAUGUUUAAGGUUUAAAGAAUGAAAAUAACUGAUAAGCACUACAAACUGCCUGAUUCUUUACACUGUGCCACAGUUUCAAUCUAUAUGCUAAAAUGAAAACAUUGUCAGCCCCUGUGCCCCUUGCCUUAAGAUGUCUGCUUAUCUACACAUGGUAUAAUGACCAUUAGCCACGUAUAGCUUCCCAUUUUCCCAUGCAUUUGGGGAACUAACUGUGGCUGUCUCUCUGUCUCUCUGUCUCUCUGGGUGUAUUUGUUUGGAUGUGUUUGUGAGAAUUUACAUCUUGAGAGGGAAGAGAAAAUAUCUACUCUCAGUAACCAAAAUGCUCAGGACAAAACAUCUGAUGUGUUAUUGUAGGUUUUUCCUAUAAGUGUACCACUUCCUCCUCAGAAUUUGAAGCCUUUCCAUUUCAAGUGAUUUAGCAGCUUUAUUAACAUGGAAAUAUUGCUACAAAGCAAAAUUUGAAAGAGGUCUAUAGUUUUGGGAAAAUUAAACAAAUCUUCAAGUAGGAGACUUAUUUGUAUACGACUAUAAAGUAUUUUUGGAGAGAAAAAGAAUAUAUACUGUACAAAGCACCAGUCACCUGCAUGUACUAGUUUAUUUAAGAUGUGUUCUCCUGUGUGCCAGGAAUAUAAUUAAAAAGAAAUGUAUUUAAUAGCACUGUGACCAUCAAACAGUGCAAAGAAGUUCUUUGAAUUUGUAAAAUCUGUACUUAAAUCAGUGCAUUGUAUUUCAGUUAUGUAGUUAAUUUAUCAUGUGGGAACAUUUAAGUUAUUUGGUUGGAAGAUGUGAGGUUUUGGAAAAAAUAUUAAGACUUCAUAAUUUGUAGUUUUUGUCUUAUCAAAGUGCUGCCAAUUGAAAGAGGAAGCAUUGUUUACAAAUGAAUAUUGGAAAGCUUGCCAAAUUGCUUAGUUGAAUCUUUAAUAAAUUGUCUCCCCAGUUCACUCCAAUUUCUCUUAUCUUCAGCCAUGCUGCAGCUAUAAUAUCUAAGUGUCUUAUCUAAAUUUGGGUGUCAACAAAAGCAAGUUCAAAUGCAAUGCAUUAUUGUAGGAAUAUUUGCAGUUCUCAUCACUGAAGUGAUUCACACUGAACUUCACAAUCAUUUUGUAUUGAUAUUUUAAUAGUUAUUCCCAUUUUACAAGUUCUCUAAUCCGUGGGGAAAAAAAUUGUUAAAUAGCCAGAACUAUUAUGUUAGAUGCAUCUGCAUUGAUAAUUUAUGGAUCCCUUAUCUGCCAAAAGUUUUUGGGUGUCCUUAAAUAAACAUAUCCUGAAUGGGUUGAUUUUGGUUUAUUCAAAUCAUCACUUUGGAUCUAUCUAUAUUUGAUAAGUUGUUAUCAAUGAUUUUGGGAUAGCAUUUGACACCAGCAAUGUAAUAGUUAUACCAAACUGAAAUUUAUGGUGUGUUGCUUCGUAUGCCUCGUGCAGUCUUAAGCAUUCAUUCAGUGAUGUUGCUUGCUUGCUUGCUUCGGAUAUGUACAACCACAGAUCCAACAAAGUAUUAACUUAAUACAUCAUCAAAACUUCCAGCUUUUCUGGAAGCCUGGAACCCAACUGAUCUAGAGUUAAGAUCAUUGUAAAGACAAAAAAAAUCUUUAUUUUAAUGUCUGCAGUGAGAUUUGGAAUUUCCCUUGUAGUCACUGUUGCAUAUGUGUCUACUUCAACCAUCCCAUUGUGCAAUAAGCAAGUGUUUGAAUGUUAAUUUUUGAUUGUUAGUAAUUAUUAGUGUUAAAGUUCUUUAAUAUCUGUGAAGUUACUCUGGUGCAAACUCUGAAAUAUUAGUUAUUUCUAGUAUUGACUACUGGUCCAAAAUAAAAACUAAAAUAUAAUUGGCAGAUUAAUGAGUAUUUAUAAUGUCAUUGGGGAUAAGUGCCAAAUCACACUAGUAGCCAUUUUGGUUGAAAAAAAUAAUGUCUGAAGGUGCCUAACAUGUUAAAUACAACACCGUCGAGUUGGCUGUUUACUUUAUCUCUUACACCUCUUUUAUCAAUAAUAGAGUAAUCCAAAUGUGGCCUUGUAGAAUUUGCAGGUCUAAAGUCUUGCCUGCGAUACAGGUCAGUGUUGCAGGUUUGGUCUGUAAUCAUUUUUGUUCAUCAGUUCCAUUCAUAUUAGAGUGCCCAAAAAUUAAAACUUUUAGUAAAAUUAAGUAGCAUGCCCUAGAACACUAAAUAUACAUCCUAAUAAUAUGAUGGUUUAGUCACUAAAUUCAUUGUUUCAUUAAGUUUUCAUUCUAAAUUUUGACUUCAUUUUAGAGGAUUCAAAUUUGGUCUAAAGCUAAACCCAACCCACUGACUACUUCAGCACUUAAUCCUUAAUAGCUACACUAAAGUUUGACUUCAGCAAAAAAAACAGAUCAUUUGCUUUAAAAGCUCUGCAUGCAUGUCUACCAGCAAUUUAUAUUUUGGAAACAAUUCUAAAGUUGUAGCAAGUUCUGAUGCUAAUUAAAUUUGCAAACCAGUGUUUACACCAAAGCUGCCUACACCAAUUUAAAAUGGGUUGUGUAGCACCUGCCAUAUUGAUACUGCGUAGGGGCAGCGUUAGUCUUAAUUUAUUCAGUUUUGUGUACUUGGUAAUUGGUACUUUAAAGCAUGAAAAUGUCACACUUAAAUGUAUUCCUGAAAUUAUUGGAAAUAUGUCAAUUGUGCUAUAAAAAAUAAUGUGCUCAAGGCCUUGUGGAAACAUACAUUGUUGCAGGUUUUGGCUUAUACAGUAUUGGGGGUGUUACAUUGCAGCUAUCAGAGGCCUGACUUCAGAAAUUGGCUGACACUGUAUUUUUUAAAAAAAAAUGCACCAUGCAGUGAUAUAUUCAUGCAUUGCAAUCAAAAUUCUUCAAUGGAAAAUGAAAACCACUGUUCCAAAGUCAUGUAAAAAUAACCCAAAGCUAAUUUAAAGUCAAAGUAGUGGGUGACAAUUUGUGUUCAUCAAUACUGUGGUAAUGUAUGCAACAUCUAAGUAUGUUAACUUCUGUUUUGAUUGUUAUCAGUUUCAGUAAAGUAGAACAAAUGCUAUUUACCUGCAUAUUGUAUAUGGGUAUUAUGCAAAUACCAAGACCUUGGUAUAAACAUGGCACAUUAUUUAAUUUUGAGUUGUCAUUCUCAUUUAUCAUCAAUGUUGAAUAUUUUUAUUGGAUUUGUAAAACAAUAUUUUGUGAAAUUGAUAGCUACCCCACCUCUCCUCCUCACCCAGAUUCCUUCCCCCAACCCCACCCUACCUUGUAUUGUUUCUAUUUAUUGUACAACUUUCUUCAAAUCCUGCUAUUAAUGUGUGCUAGGUCCAUACAGGUUUUGCUUCAAUGCUUCUAAGUCCUCAUUGUUAAUUUGAGGCUCCCUUCAUAUCCCUGAUGGAUGCUGUUGAAGCCCACUGUUCAAAUUGUUUUGGAAACCCGUGCUACACUUAAUGAAUAGACAGAAUGCCUAAUGAUGUAUUAGACUCUCGGUAGCCUCUUAGCAGUUGUGAAUGUCUUUGAUUUUGGAAUUGCACAGUAAAUCUUUAGUUUGGACCAUUGAAACUGGAAAUGCCACAGGAGUGUUUAUACUGAUUUUAAAAAAAAUAUAUAUAUUUGAGCCACAAUGCCUCCAUUCCACAUGUAAUGUAAGCAGUUUAUUUAAAACCUACAUUAAAAUGUCAACUUUGCAUAUGUGAGAAGUCUGGUGUUUAAUUAAAAUUGGUACAUUUUCUGCAGUUAUGUAGUCUUUUUGAAACGUGAGUUUUUUUGAAAAAAAUUCUUGAUUUUUGAGCAGCAAUUUCACUGCUUGGAAGACUUUUUAAUGGUGCUAUGAACCAAGCAAAAGAACGUAUGCAUUUUCUGUAGACUGUGG